AUGUCGACUCCACCGAGUAUGAGAGCGAGUGCCUCUUCAAUUGGUCCUCCUUCUCCGUUGCAGAACGCAGUCGAUAAUAGCUCCGAUGUACCCGAGGGCCCUCUUGCAGGAGUCCCAGAUCUCAAGACAUAUGUCGCAGAAACAGAAGAGGACAAAAUAGCUGCUUUAAAGCUGGUCGCAGACAGCAUUGCGCAGAUGCGUCAAACAGCCAAUCGCAUUCUGAUGUUCAACCCCUUCAACAUGGCUGCUUUCAUUGCCUUUCUGGCCAUCAUUAGCCAGUACAUCGUCAAGUCACGCGCGGAUAUUGGCAUCAUGUUCACUACCUCGGCCGGAAUCCUGAUGGCUGCCAUGGUCACGGUCCGUCGCUUCACCAAUCCUUACAUCGCCCUUGCCGAAGAAGUCCACAUCAGCAUGCUGGAAGAUGCCGAUGUUUUGGUUACAAAGUAUGGUAAUGAGGUGAUCGGAACAGUCAUUUUGGGCUGGGUGGAUGCAGAGACAAAAGGCAAGAGACGCAAGUGGAGAGCCGAGAUCAAAGGCUGGGCAGUAAGAAUACGAUACCGCGGCAAGGGCGAGGGCAUGGCUCUGCUUCAUGAAGCCGUCAAUUUGGCCAGGAAGAAGGAUGCUGACGGCAUUUCGUUCGCGCCUGACCACGCAAACUCGAAACGUGUUCUUUGGGACUUUUACAAUGGGCCAUUUGACAAGAAAGAGAGGAAGGCAGCGGCCAAGCUGCAAGCUCUGUGGGACAACAACGCCAAGAGCAAUACGAAAUCGAAGAGAAGAUAG